AUGUCAGAUGUCACCGUCAGCACCAGUCAGCCUCCAGUCACAGUAGUAACUGUGUGGGUGAAAGUACCCAUAUACCGUGACGGACCACCAAAAGUACCCAUAUACCGUGACGGACCACCAAAAGUACCCAUAUACCGUGACGGACCACCAAAAGUACCCAUAUACCGUGACGGACCACCAAAAGUACCCAUAUACCGUGACGGACCACCAAAAGUACCCAUAUACCGUGACGGACCACCAAAAGUACCCAUAUACCGUGACGGACCACCAAAAGUACCCAUAUACCGUGACGGACCACCAAAAGUACCCAUAUACCGUGACGGACCACCAAAAGUACCCAUAUACCGUGACGGACCACCAAAAGUACCCAUAUACCGUGACGGACCACCAAAAGUACCCAUAUACCGUGACGGACCACCAAAAGUACCCAUAUACCGUGACGGACCACCAAAAGUACCCAUAUACCCUGACGGACCACCAAAAGUACCCAUAUACCGUGACGGACCACCAAAAGUACCCAUAUACCGUGACGGACCACCAAAAGUACCCAUAUACCGUGACGGACCACCAAAAGUACCCAUAUACCGUGACGGACCACCAAAAGUACCCAUAUACCGUGACGGACCACCAAAAGUACCCAUAUACCGUGACGGACCACCAAAAAAGUAG